AUGCAUCAAAACACAAAAAAUCAUAUUCAUAAUGUAAAAGCACAUAGUGAUUUUUUAAAUGGUAAAUCUAUUAACAUUGUUCUUGAUGAUUGUAAGAUAUUAUUAAUUAGUCAAAGAGAAAAACAACGACAACAUAAUCGAAGUAUAAUGCAGCGAUUGAUUGAUGUAACACUUUGUUUGGCAAAAAGUGGGAAACCUUUUAGAGGUCAUCAUGAGAAUAUGUCUUCUGUUUCUAAAGGAUUAUUCCUGGAUUUUAUAGAUGUUUUAAAAAAGUAUGAUAAUGUAUUAGCAAAUCAUUUAGAGAAGGGUGCCCUCAAUGCAAAAUAUUUAAGCAACCGUAUACAAAAUGACUUAUUAAUAUGCAUAAAUAAUGUUAUGAAACGUACAAUUCAAUCAAAAAUAAAAAAUCGGACAGUAUCUAACAUGACUGAUGAGACUUCAGAUGUAGGGCAUCAUGAACAAAUGUCAGUGAUAAUAAGAUACUUUGAUGAAGAAAAGUGCCAACCAAUAAAGCAUUUCAUUGGUAUCCAACGUCUACUUUCUGUUACUUCUGAAGCUAUAUUCAAUAGCUUAUCUAUCCAAAUAUCUAAUUUAAACAUUGAAUGGAAGUCAGUGAUAGCAGUUUGUUUUGACGGAGCAUCUGCAAUGUCAGGGAAAUUUAAGGGCGUACAAGCAAAAGUUAAAGAACUUAACCCAAACAUCUCAUAUGUUCACUGUUAUGGACAUUGUUUGAAUUUGGUAUUGGUCGAUUGUUUGAGUAUUAAAAACCGUGUGAUAUUUGAUUUUUUUGGGUGUGUCCAAUUAAUAUUUAGCUUCAUAGAAGGAAGUCCUAGUAGACAUGCUGUUUUGGAACGUAUUGUCCAAGAAACAAAUAUUAAAUUGAAAACGCUUAAGUCUCUGUCAACUACAAGAUGGACUUGUCGAUCUGAAGCAGUUUCAGCAAUAGAAAAAAAUUAUAAUUCUCUGUUACAAUGUCUUAUAGAAAUUUCUAAAACAACAACACAAUCUGAUGUCAGACUAAAAGCAAAUGGAAUAAUAUACCAAAUGAAAAGUUAUAACUUUAUUUUUGCGUUAUAUGUGAUGAAACCUCUUUUGGCUCAAAUUCAAAUAGUGAGUGCUAAAUUACAGACUCGUGAUUUAAAUUUGUUAUCUGCUGUAAAAAUUGUUCAAGCAUUAAAGAACACUUUAAUAAGUCUAAGAAGUGAUGAAGAUGAAUAUUGUAGACUGUGUGAUAAAGUUCUCGAUGUAUGUAAUGCAUAUCAGAUACCAAUACCUAAUGUUAAACAUAGAAGAGUAUCUAAAGCCGGGUUUACACGACGCGAAUCUGAUGCGUGA